CGUGAUAGUGCGCACCAUGCAUAAACUUACAGUAUUUUUCGCAGUAAUUACCCAAGUUUUGUGCGAAGGUUGCCCUCAUAUACCAACAUAUAACCUAACAGUGUACAAAACCGUGGAUAGUGGUCCGGAGAAUGUUACCUCCGCUGGUAAAAUACAGCUAAAAGAGGACGCCUUUCAUUUGGUUUUAGCGAACGAGAGUAUACCGAGGCUCUGUGAGGACUCUGUUGAGUUAAAAAACGAAUUGUCCGUAGUACAAAUUUUGAACUGCAGCGUGGCGGAUAUCGACCCGGGUGCCCUGCGUAUCACCCCCACCUUAACCCUAUUGAGGAUUAGCUCAAACGCGUUAACCACCGUAAAACGAGGGGUUUUCAACAGCGUAAGAGUGAAAGAGAUAAACUUAUCCAACAAUUUCAUAUCGGUGGUGGAAGAUGAAGCGUUCGACAACAACACCCACCUGGAGAUCUUGAAGAUGAACUACAACGUUAUCAAGGUGAUAAGUCCUCAUUGGUUCACGAACAGCCCGAACGUGUACAAGUUGAGCAUCAUCUACAACGACAUGACCAAGAUACCGGCCAGGGCUUUCAGGAAUUUAGCGAGACGUAGGCCGCUUAAGCUGCGCCUGUCCGCCAAUAGAAUCAACGAGAUUGACAGCGGCGCCUUCGAGGGAGCCGGAGACAUAGAUAUUUUGAGGUUAAACGGUAACAAGUUGACGACGCUUCCCUCUCAGCUGUUCGCCAAUAGGACCGUAAGGAUUUUGCAGGUCAACACCAACAGGCUCGUGUGUUUCCCCGAGGAGAUGUCGGACAGUAAACUCGAGAGUCUGUGGUUUUUGGAGAACCCCACCUUCAACUGUACGUGUCUGAGGAAGGUGAAGGAAUUCGUGGAUGAGAAUAACGUCGAUAUAAUGUAUCCUUCUGUUAUUUGCGAGGACAGGGUUAGGGAGAUCAAUUUAGUGUUCAAUUUUAAUAAGACUUACGAAAUACCGCUGCUGCCGCCUACCAUAUAGGAUAGUUAUGAUUUUGAGUGUGCGAAAAGGACAGUUCCACCAUAAAGUAUUACACGCAUAGUCCCGAAUAAUAAUAUGCAGCCCCGUCUCCCACACA